AUGGCUGAACUUAUACCAUCCAAUGCUUUAGUUGACUACUCUGAUUCUACACAUUGCUCGUCUACCGACCAAAACUCUGAAGUAGAAAAGGAUUUUAGUGGAUGUGACUCUGACCAGUAUUGGCAUAUUCCUAUCAGAAGAAAAAAGAAAAGGCUAGUAUUUACAAGUAUGGACGACUACACUUGCCAAUCCACGUCUGCUAUUCAAAUUCCUACGACGAUAAUUGAAAGUUCGGACUCAACCAAAGAAAGUUCUGAUAGCACAGAAGAGGAAGACUCAGGUAUCGUUGGUAAAAAGGGUAUGCGGAAGAAACGACCACUACCGAAAAAACUAAAAGAAGGGUCUGAGAGGUGGUCUAGAAAAAGGAAAAUCUGUCAAAGCUAA